UUUCCAAGCUAUCAUGAGUGGAAGAGGCAAAACCGGCGGCAAGUCCCGCGCCAAGGCCAAGUCCCGCUCCUCCAGAGCCGGACUCCAGUUCCCUGUCGGUCGUGUCCACAGGCUGCUCAGGAAGGGCAACUACGCUCAGCGCGUCGGUGCCGGCGCCCCCGUCUACCUGGCGGCGGUGCUGGAGUAUCUGACCGCUGAGAUCCUGGAGCUGGCUGGAAACGCCGCCCGCGACAACAAGAAGACCAGGAUCAUCCCCCGCCACCUGCAGCUGGCUGUCCGCAACGAUGAGGAGCUCAACAAGCUGCUCGGAGGAGUCACCAUCGCUCAGGGCGGAGUGCUGCCCAACAUCCAGGCGGUUCUGCUGCCCAAGAAGACCGAGAAGCCCGCCAAGGCCAAAGGCAGACUGUAUUUAAAAAUGAGCGGAAGAGGCAAAACAGGAGGAAAAGCCCGCGCUAAAGCCAAGACCCGUUCGUCACGCGCCGGUCUUCAAUUCCCUGUCGGUCGUGUUCACAGGCUGCUCAGGAAGGGCAACUAUGCACAGCGUGUCGGUGCCGGCGCCCCCGUCUACCUGGCGGCUGUGCUGGAGUAUCUGACCGCUGAAAUCCUGGAGCUGGCUGGAAACGCCGCCCGCGACAACAAGAAGACCAGGAUCAUCCCCCGCCACCUGCAGCUGGCUGUCCGCAACGACGAGGAGCUUAACAAGCUGCUCGGAGGAGUCACCAUCGCUCAGGGCGGAGUGCUGCCCAACAUCCAGGCGGUUCUGCUGCCGAAAAAGACCGAGAAGCCCGCCAAGGCCAAGUCCGAGGGUGGAGGGCGGUCCCAACGAGACUUUAACUCUUUCCUCCAAUGAAAUAUGGAGUUUGUGGCUAGGUUGAUGUUGGAGGCGGAGGUAGUGGCCAACGAGCCUUUUCUGUGUGGAUGCACGAGCGAGAUCUUCACUGGGAACAGCUCAUUGUUUGCCACUGAAGUAGAUAAUCUAAUCACUAAAUGACAA